CUUGUAGCAACUCGUGUACCGUCCAGCAGAGGGCGACAGUGAGGGAUACCCCCGUUUCAGUACAUAGUGUACAUACCAGUUAAAUACAUCUAGUUUUAGUGCACUGCCGCUCAUAUCUAACGGUACAGUUUUUACCCCCAUUGCGCGAAGUUUACCGGCUAACCCUUCGGACCCAGGCGAGCGCGCGCGCUCCCGGCCAGCGGCGGUGGCGGCAGUGGCGGUAGUGGCGGCGGCGGCGGCGGCGGGACUCCACUCGUCCCCGGAUUCCGAGCUCAACUUCCCGAGCUGACGUCAGCUGGCAGCCUCGGCUCCGCUCGGCUCGCCGCUCCGGACACACAGCGCCGUGGAAAAAUGCUGCUCUCCGUGCCGCCAAGGACAGCCAUCAACCCGUACAACGGAUACAACAGCAGGAACAGCAAGAAGCAGGCCUAUGUGUCCUCCAGCCAGCAGAUGGCACCCCCCAGUCCCAACACCAACAGCAGCAGUAACAGCAGCAGCGGGGGAGGGGAGCAGCUGAGCAAGACCAACCUGUACAUCCGCGGGCUUCACCCAGGCACCACGGACCAGGACCUGGUCAAACUGUGUCAGCCGUACGGGAAGAUUGUUUCCACAAAGGCCAUCCUAGACAAGACCACCAACAAGUGCAAAGGGUAUGGCUUUGUGGACUUCGACAGCCCGGCCGCAGCGCAGAAAGCAGUGACUGCACUGAAGGCUAGUGGUGUCCAGGCUCAGAUGGCCAAGCAACAGGAGCAGGACCCCACCAACCUGUACAUCUCCAACCUGCCUCUAACCAUGGACGAGCAGGAGCUGGAGGCCAUGCUGAAGCCCUUCGGUCAGGUCAUCUCCACCCGCAUCCUCCGGGACGGCAGCGGUACCAGUCGCGGUGUGGGUUUUGCCAGAAUGGAGUCCACAGAGAAGUGUGAGGCCAUCAUUCAACAUUUUAACGGCAAAUACAUUAAGACACCCCCUGGAGUACCAGUGCCCACGGAGCCAUUGUUGUGUAAAUUUGCAGAUGGGGGACAGAAAAAGAGACAGAACCAGGGGAAGUUUCUCCAGAAUGGCCGGCCGUGGACCAGAGACGGGGAAACGGCUGCAAUGCCGUUAACAUACGAUGCCACAGCCUUACAGAAUGGGUUCUACACCUCUCCAUACACCAUAGCCCCCAAUCGAAUGAUUGCUCAGACGUCUCUCUCGCCAUACAUGCAUUCUCCUGUUUCAUCCUAUCCGGUGCACAGCCCCUCAUGGAUGCACCAUCAGUCAUACCUCAUGCAGCCAGCAGGGACGGUGCUAACGCCUACCAUGGACCAUGCCAUGUCCAUCCAGCCCACCUCCAUGAUGGGCCCCAUCACGCAGCAGCUCAGCCACCUCUCCCUAGGCAGCACCGGCACGUACAUGCCUGCCAACACAGCUAUGCAAGGGACCUACAUCCCACAGUACACCCCAGUGCCUCCUUCAAGCGUCUCCCUCGAGGAAAACAGUGGUCAGCAGCCACAGGUUGCCAUAGAUACGCCCUCAGAACACACAAACUACUCUUACCAGCACAGCAAGUGAAGCAAAGAUUCAUGUCCAGAAGGCGUGUUGGAGCGGAGAAAGGGCCGUGUGUCUCUGGAAGCCUGAUCACAGCUCCACGGUCAUGCUGGAUGUCACAUACCAGACUUUAACGUAGAAGAUGAAAGGAACACAUUUCUUUUGACGAAACUAAAAGUUAUUUCUUUGUGGGUCAAACAACCAAAGGUGGGGGAUUUCUCUGAUGGAGAAUUGAUUUAUUUUGCUAUUUCAAUAAGAGAAGAGAGGAAAAAAAUAUCACGCUAAGAAAGGGGAA